AUGGCCGGCAAGCGUUGUACUCAAUCGUCUCCGAGUCCGAGCCUCCCCGGCACCGCGCAGGCCGUCGCGGCCUACGACGUGCACGCCGCGGCCGCGCGGAAGCCCGUCGACUGGUACGCCGUGCUGGGCCUACUGCAUCCGCCGCACCCGUCGGCCGUCGCCCACGACGACAUCAAGAGACAGCACCGGAGGCUCUGCCUCCUGGUGCACCCCGACAAGAACCCCUCCGCGGCGGCCGACGGCGCGUUCAAGCUCGUCCAGGCCGCCUGGGAAGAGCUGUCCGCCAGGCACCGGCCGGCAGACGACGACGCGGCGACUGCCGCCGCCCCACCGCAGCCCGGGCGCCCGCCGCCGAGACCGCCAGACCCGCCGCAACAACCGCAACCACAACCGAGGCAGCCUCGGGGAGCUCACCAGCAGCAGGGGCGGAGGCUGAGCUACGCGGACGCGGCGAGACCGCCGCAGCCGCAGGGGGCGGCGCACAGGCCGGCGACGCCGUCCCCGCCUCGGGCGCCGCGGGUGCCCCCUCCGCGGUCCCCGAGCACGUGCCCGUCCUGCGGCGCGCUGAUGCCCUACGCCAAGAGGAACCUCCGGUGCAUGGUCUGCCAUUGGAGGAGGCCAAUGGGCCGGUGGCACGUCGGCGGCGGCGGCGAUUUCUUCAAAUAG